AACACGGAAGUGAAGCAGAGCCUCUCUGUUGAUGUCUCCUGUCCUCGUCUCUUCUCUGGUGAACCCGCGGACCUGAGACAACAUGGCGGUGAGCUGCGUGCACCUGGAGUCCGACGCCUUCCUGGUGUGCAUGAACCACGCCCUGAGCACGGAGAAGGAGGAGGUGAUGGGCCUGUGCAUCGGGGAGGUGGAGGAGGAGAGCCCCCCCGUGGUGCACGUCCACUCCGUCAUCAUCCUCCGCCGCUCGGACAAGCGCAAGGACCGGGUGGAGAUCUCCCCGGAGCAGCUGUCCGCGGCCUCCACGGAGGCGGAGCGGCUGGCGGACACGACGGGCCGGAGCAUGCGGGUGGUCGGCUGGUACCACUCCCACCCGCACAUCACCGUGUGGCCGUCCCAUGUGGACGUGCGCACCCAGGCCAUGUACCAGCUGCUGGACCAGUGCUUCGUGGGCCUCAUCUUCUCCUGCUUCAUCGAGGACAAGAACACGAAGACCGGCCGGGUGCUGUACACCUGCUUCCAGUCCGCGCAGGCGCAGAAGGGCUCGGAGUACGAGCGGGUGGAGAUCCCGGUCCACGUGGUUCCCCGGGAGGCCAUCGGGAAGGUUUGCCUGGAGUCCGCCGUGGAGCUGCCCAGGAUCCUGUGCCAGGAGGAGCAGGACACGUACCGCAAGAUCCACAGCCUGGCUCACCUGGACCCGGUCACCAAGAUCCACAACGGGUCCGUGUUCACCAAGAACCUCUGCAGCCAGAUGUCUGCUGUGAGCGGGCCGCUGCUGCAGUGGCUGGAGGACCGGCUGGAGCAGAACCAGCAGAGCAUCGUGGACCUGCAGCGGGAGAAGGGGAUGCUGCUGCAGGAGCUGGCUGCUCUGUGAGACCGGGGGACAGGGUGGAGGACAGGGUGGAGGAGGACAGACUGGAGGGAGGACGAGGUGAAGGAUGGAGGGAGGACCGGCUGGAGCAGAACCAGCAGAGCAUCGUGGACCUGCAGCGGGAGAAGGGGAUGCUGCUGCAGGAGCUGGCUGCUCUGUGAGACCAGGGACAGGGUGGAGGACAGGGUGGAGGAGGGAGAGAGGACACACUGGAGGAGGACAGACUGGAGGGUGGAAGGAGAACAGACUGGAGGAUGCAUGAGGACAUGAUGGAGGGAGGAGGACAGACUGGAGGGAGGAUGGAAGAGGACAUGGUGGCUGGAGGACCGGCUGGAGCAGAACCAGCAGAGCAUCGUGGACCUGCAGCGGGAGAAGGGGAUGCUGCUGCAGGAGCUGGCUGCUCUGUGAGACCAGGGACAGACUGGAGGGAGGACAGGGUGGAGGACAGACUGGAGGACAGGGUGGAGGAGGACAGGGUGGAGGAAGGAGAGAGGACAUGGAGGAGGGAUGACGAGGAGCAGGGAGAACAGACUGGAGGGAGGACCAGCUGGAGGAGAACCAGCAGAGCAUCGUGGAGCUGGCUGCUCUGUGAGCCCGGGGACAGACUGGUGGAUGGAUGAGGACAUGAUGGAGGAAGGAGGACAGACUGGUGGAUGGAGGGAGGACAGACUGGAGGAUGGAUGAGGACAUGAUGGAGGAAGGUGGACAGACUGGAGGGUGGAGGGAGGUCAGAGUGGAGGAUGGAGGGAGGACGGGGUGAAGGAGGACAUGGUGGAGGGUUGAGAGACUGGAAGGAGGACAUGGUUGAGGGAGGACAGGGUGGAAGGAGGACAUGGUUGAGGGAGGACAGGGUGGAAGGAGGACAUGGUGGAGGAUUGAGGGAAGACAGGGUGGAGGAUGGAGGGAGAACAGACUGGAGGAUGGGGGAGGACAGGGUGGAAAGAGGACAUGGUGGAGGAUGGAGGGAGGACAGACUGGAGGAUGGAUGAGGACAGGGUGGAGGGUUGA